AUGAAUCUCAUCUGCACCGAAGAGGCGCUGCAGGCAGAGCUUGCGCAGGAGCGUCUGGCCGAGGAGGCGCGGCAGCAGAAGCUGGCGCAGGAGCGGCGCGACCACGAACUCGCCACGAGACUCGCACAGGAGUCCGGAGGUGUCGUCGAGGCAUUAGAGACUCCGCAGCUGCAGCGAUCGGAGCGCGCUCGCAGCGUGAUUAACGCAGCGGGAGGCAAGACCCACGAACUGAGCAAGUGGAAGUACGCAGAGCUACGAGAUACCAUCAACACGUCCUGCGACGUGGCACUGCUUGACGCAUGCAGGGAGGAGUUUCAUCGGCGCCUGAAGGUCUAUCACGAGUGGAAGUCGAAGAACAAGAAGGCUGCAGCGACGGAGAACCAGAGGGCGCCACAGGCUGUGAUAGAAAACUCCCAGCAGCAGGAGGAGAAGAAGCCGAAACUGCAGCGGUUGAACCGCAACAUUGACAAGAUCCGUCCGAACGUGAACCACCGCUUCUUCCGUCUGCCCUUCCUCGCUCCCGCAGA